AAAUAUUAUUACUCGUUUGAAUUUAUCAUCACACAAAUAUUUUUAUCGUCCUGUUGUAUGUUGUUUGCGCGUCAGCGAAUAAACCCCUCUGUGUAUGACAGUGGCAUAAACCUGUUUGUUAAAGAAACGUCUUGUACUUUAGAAGGGAACGAACGUAGAGAAACUGGAUAUUAAUAAAGACUACUGACGUUUACCGUUUCCAUAUUUGAAAUAUUUUACCGCACUAAAAUUAAUCGCGAAUACGUUUUCUUUAGUGUAGUUUAGAGAUGUCUACUCCUGCUAGAAGACGACUUAUGCGGGAUUUCAAGCGGCUCCAGGAGGAUCCCCCAGCUGGUGUUAGUGGAGCUCCAUCUGAGAACAACAUAAUGGUUUGGAAUGCAGUCAUAUUUGGCCCAGAGGGAACACCGUUUGAGGAUGGUACAUUCAAACUCACUGUUGAGUUCACAGAGGAAUAUCCAAACAAGCCUCCAACUGUGCGGUUUGUCUCAAAGAUGUUUCAUCCAAAUGUGUAUGCUGAUGGCAGUAUCUGCCUAGACAUUCUUCAGAAUCGGUGGAGUCCAACUUACGAUGUUUCUUCUAUUUUAACAUCAAUCCAGUCCCUUCUAGAUGAGCCAAAUCCCAACAGUCCAGCAAACAGCCAGGCAGCACAACUAUAUCAAGAAAAUAAACGAGAAUAUGAGAAGCGGGUGUCUGCAAUUGUAGAACAGAGCUGGCGAGACAGUUGACCACAUUCAUAAACAUUUCCUUACUGAAACGUUUGCUUUCGUUUUGGCUCUGUUGGGGGAUAGUUUUUUCAAAUCCAUCCAUUUUUAAGUUUUUAUGCACUUUACUCAUGUAAGAUUGUGGUUUUUGUUUUAUUGUCUCUCCUACUUCUUUGCCUGGAGUGCUUUCAAGUUUCAUUACGACUAUUUCUCCUGAUGUUGACGUUCCUAAACACUUGACUCAUUGUGCAUCUGGCAUGAACAUUUGACAGUUGUCCUUUUGUGAAAUAUUAAUAACUCAAUUAAGGCACUCUAAUCAGGACUCAUUUAUAGAUUUAAUAGUUAUUCUGGUGAAAAUGUAUUCAGUGCUUCAUUCUUGUUUCACUUAAAACCAGGAAAUCUUUCUGUAAUUUCAGAUUUAGAAUCAGUUUUGUUUUUUGACUUUUGUCAAGAGAGCCAGCUCAACCGCACACAAAAUUAAUUAUGUUGGUACACAUACGUGUGGUUUGUAUGUAAUAUGUUGAAAGAAAAUGGCGACAUGCAUCAGUGUAAAAAACCUUUACUAGUCAUAAAACUGAACAUUUUCUGGAACUGCUUCAAGUAUAAAAAUAUUCUCCACAAUUCUAGUGAAAUACAAGUAACUUAAUUACCAUACAUUUUAUCAUGGCUUGCAUUACAGAGUCCAAACAAAUGUCGUCAGGUCUUUUCCAAAUCUUUAUCUUUUCAGAUGUAUGCCCUGUUACAUGCAUGAAUGCUUGAGUGUGUCCUAGCAUUUAAUCUAUUGUAUAUACAGAACAUCUAAAUUUUGUGUACAGAUUUUGCACUGGAUGGCAAUCUCAUUUUUCAGCACUUGUAAAUACUAAAUAAAAGGUCAAACAAC